UACUUCAGAGACUGUCACCUCACUGGACUUUUCCAUCUCUCGCCCCACCCGUUCAACUUUAGGGGUCAUCUAGUCCUGCUUCUUAGUUCUCCUAAUGAACAGCUGAAGCCAAGAUAGAUGAAAAGACUUGCCCAGGGUCGCACCGCUAUUGGAUGUCUGAAGCAGGAUAAGAACCCAGUACCUUCGGAGUUCAAGUGCGGCUCCCAAUACACUCCUCCUGGAGAAUGGGGAGAUGCUGAGAGACUACUUUUAACUUCUCGGCUGAGUGAAACUCCGCAUAGUAAGACAGGCCAUCCCGCCUCGAGAGCCUCUCUAAACGCGCGUCCAAAAGUCAGCAACAUCUCCAGGCUCGUGAGGAAAAAGUUGCAGGUUCAGAUGUACUACAUACAGCAUCUGCUCAUCAUUCAGCACUUCGUUCAUCUCCAGCUCUUCUGGAACCAUGGAAUCGCCAUCUAGUAUUUCCUUCUACUCCUCUUCCUCCCUCUCUUCUUCCUCUUCCCCCUCCGGGAUAGACAGUGCCCUCAGUGACUUUGGCUUUCCCUCUGACAGUGAGGGGGAGAGCAGGGGGGUUCAUGGGCCCAGGUCAGAGGCUGGUUGGCAGAGAGGAAGUCACCGGCUGGGCCCUCUUCGACGUUGCCGGCGCCCCCUGAGUUCCACUGGUCCUCAGGCUGCUGCUUGCCUGCAAGGAUCUGACUUGGCUUCUCCCAUGCCUGUGUCGGGAAUGAAAAGAUCAAGAGACAAUGAGGAGGAGACCUGUCAUAACAUCCAAAACCCUAGAACAGAGGGAGAUCGGCUCUUUGCUCAGAAGUGUAAAGAACUUCAAGGAUUCAUUCGCCCCCUCACAGACCUGUUGAAUGGGCUAAAGAUGGGCCGCUAUGAGAGAGGAUUAAGCAGUUUUCAACAAAGUGUGGCCAUGGACAGGAUUCAGCGAAUAGUAGGGGUCCUACAGAAACCUGAGAUGGGUGAGCGUUAUCUAGGGACCUUGCUACAAGUAGAGGGUAUGUUGAAGACCUGGUUCCCUCAUGUUGCCUCUCAGAGGGCAACUCCAGGGGAUGGGAAGCACAGGCUUCUCUCCAAGCGUUUGGCCAGCAGCCAGGCUAACCCAACUGGUCCCUCAGCUGAUCUUGCCAGAAAGAAUUUGAACCAGAUUCAGCUAAGACAUCUAGAUCAAGGAAAAGAGAAGUUGCAUUCUCAAGAACAAGAGUUGCCCCAACUCCUCCCAGAAUGGCCAGCCAUGAACUUGACAUGGAUCCACACGACCCCUAUUUGCAAUCCACCUCUCAGUUCACUUGGCUCAGCAGCCUUCAGUCAUGGUCUUUUGGGUCCUGGAGCAAGCUUUGGGUUUAUCCUCUUCCUUCAGCAUGGAGCACAAUCUUUUGCACGUUCAGCACCCACCACUCCUGUCCCCUAUUCUGCAGUGUCUUCUGUUGUCUGUGAUGGUCCAAAGAACAUCUCUGAAGAAGAGCCUCGCUGCUACAGUUUGCCAGUUUCUCUAUCAUCAACUCCACUGACCUCAGAGAGGAGCCAUUCCCUGUCCUCACCCUGUUUACCCACUGUGACCAGAGAGAAGACACCUAGAAUGGAUGAAAAACAAGCCCUUCAUUUCUGCUGAUGUCUUGUUCUCCCCUUCCUGACUACAGGACUAUCCUGUCUGCUCUGGUUCUUCUUGGUGUGUGUGUUUUGUUUUGUUUUUUAAUUUUUUGAAGUGUGUAUGUGCUGAGGGGAUAGAAAUCCUCUCUGAUUAAAAUAAUUUUGCACCUAAA